AUGGAGAUGGACAGCUCCUACCACAAAUGGGACAGCUCAGAGCAAGUGGAACUGGCAGUGCAGGGAGGAAGCCGCGCACCUGGGAGAGGCGGUAAAGCUCUUUGCCUCUCCAACUCCACCCAAGGGAAGGCCUUUGCGAUCCUGUAUCUCCUGCUGGCGAUUUGCAUUGCAGUGGCCACAGCUCUCAUCGUGGUGAACCGUAGGAAAUUGUCCCGGGGUCUUGCCGAAGCCCAGCUGGAUCGAGAUACAAUAAGAAGAGAUGCCAAGAGAAAUCUGUCACAUCACCAGGACUAUAUAGAGUUGAAGAUGUCCAAAGAAUUCAACGUAUUUAACAGUCGACUUCUUAAUGUGUCCAAGGAGAUGGCUGGGGUUAGGCUGGGGAUCGAGGAGAUCCAAGGUGAUCACGUGAAAGACCCAUCACAUCUCCAGGACACCAUAGAGAUAAGGAACCUAACGCACAGUAUGUCGAAGGAGCUGGCUGAGGUGAGAAGGGACCAUGAUAGACUCCAGGAGGUCUUGAGCAGGGUGCAGGACGAGUUACAGAAUCUCACAGAAUUCACCUGCAUGAAAUGUCCACCUGGCUGGCAGCGUUUUGAGAAAAGUUGCUACUUCUUUUCAACAUCGACUAAAUCCUGGCCGGACGCUAAGCAGUUCUGUAUGGAUCAAAAGUCUGGCCUGGUUAUCGUUAACACCGAAGAGGAACAGACGUUUUUGUCAAACCACAUCACUGAACCCCACGUGUACUGGCUGGGCCUCAGCGACUCAGCGAAGGAAGGGGAGUGGCGCUGGGUGGACGGCAGCCCCCUGUCUGUCAGGUUCUGGUUCCCCGGGGAACCCAACAAUGGUGUGGGACUCGAGGAGGACUGUGUCCACCUGCGCUCUGACGGGAAUUGGAACGAUGCCAUCUGCUCCUUGACUCAUUACUGGAUCUGCGAACAGAAGUACUAG